CCCAGGGGCGGGCACCGCUCGGCGCCAUCCCCGCCGCGCCCCGCCCCCGCCGGCCGGCCCUGCAGCGCCGGGCCCGGGUGUUACAAAUCCAAGUGCCGAUCCAGGGGGCGAGAGGGGUCUUGCCGGUUGAAAAGAUGGGGAAUGCAGAAAGCAAUGCUUAUCAGAAUCACCUUUCCCGAUUUCUUCCUGAGGAGCAGUCUGACAUUGAUGGAUUAUUUGAUACCUUAUCAGGGUUGAGUGGCUCAGCUGGAGCAAAAAAUGGCAAAGCUACAAAGAAAACUGUCACUCUGGCAGCACUACAGGCCUAUCUGCGGGAGCCAAUACCAGAGCAAAUGACUGUUCGGUUAUACAGUGGAAUGAAAAGUAUUGACCUGACUGGGAAAUCAUCCGGGCUGAGUGAAUGCAUUGCUAAGGAGCAGUUUGUAAUUUUUAUGUCAAACCUCUUAAAAGGGAAUGCAGAUGAAAAGAUUACCAUAAUAAUGAGAAUGAUCUCCAAGACACAAGGGCCUGUAAAGGGGAAACAAAUCCAAGAGUUCACAGAGGAUCUGAUCAUGUCUGUCGUCCAUGUACUGAACUACAGGAAGGAGCUGAAAGGUUGGAAUUUGGAGAACACCAGGGAUUCUGCAAGUGGCGUAAAGGCUCUGGCUUCUCAGCUGCUUUCAGAACUGAAGCUUGCAGAUGGGACAAAACCUGCGGGUCCUCAGCUGAUGGAGACACAUUUUGAUCAAAAUGCCAUUGAGGAUUGGGUGUACCGAGUUCCACAGAUCUCAGUUUUCCUCAGCGUUGUUAUCAGGCAAGGCUUCCAUGUUCUGCAUUCUCUCCCAGAUCAAACCAAAGACAUUCUCAACCUGCUUCCAGUCUGCAAAGGCAUCAAGAGAAGAGGACUUGUCAGUCUGUUUGACAUCCCAUCCAUCAUAUACAUCAACUCCCAUCUGCCUGCAGAGCUACAGCACAAGUGGCAGCUUUUAUUUUCUUCAAAGCUCCAUGGAGAAAGCUUUUCACAGUUAUGUGCGCAUAUAGUGAACAAAGGUCCUUGCAUAGUGAUCUUAAAAGACGUGGAUGGUUAUAUCUUUGGUGGGUUUGCAUCUCACUCCUGGGAGGUGAAGCCACAGUUUCAAGGUGACAACAGGUGCUUUCUGUUUUCCAUUUUCCCCUCUGUUGCUGUAUACACAUACACAGGGUAUAAUGACCACUACAUGUAUUUGAACCAUCACCAACAAACAAUGCCAAAUGGACUUGGGAUGGGGGGACAACACGGUUACUUCGGACUCUGGAUAGACAGUGACUACGGGAAGGGACACAGCAAAGCCAAACCUCGAUGUACCACCUACAACAGCCCCCAGCUGGCAGCCAAAGAGGAUUUUACACUGGAUGCCAUGGAAGUUUGGGCAGUGGGAGACGUCCCUGAAAGUGCAGGGACAAAAGGUAAGAAGACUAUCCUGGAUGCAGAUCCUGAGGCUCAGGCCUUAUUAGAAAUGACUGGAAGAAGUCGUCACAGCGAAGGUCUGCGAGAACCUAUUGGAGAGGAUGAUGAUGAUGACAACUGAAAGAAAACUGAAAGAAUCACAGUAACAUGAAAACCUUUUUUUUUUUUUUCAAUCCUGGGUGUUAAUGUUCCUUGGACAGGAUAUUUUUCCCUCAUUUUUUAAUCCUUACAUUUACCCAUUUAUCUUGGAUGAAGCUCAAGCCUUGUACUUAUGUAAUAUUUAGGUACAAUACAAUAUCCUGCCUGGAAGGUUUCGUUUGGGGAGAACUGAAAAAUUAACUUAGUACCUAAUCAUUAGACAUCUCUAAGUUCUAGCUGAAUAUGAAUUUGCUAGCAUUCCUGAUAGAUCUGCAUACAGAAUUAAAACCAGAUGAUGUAGCUUUUGACAGUACGGCUUACUGACUUGGAGAAUUUAUAUGUAUUUAUCUAAAGCCUGUUCAAGAAACUGAUUAAGGUUCUUAUACCUCAACUGUACAUAUUUAUUUGCAUGCAAUGAAAUUAGUCAGUGAAGCUUGCAAAUUGUAAUGUUUUACAUUGCUAAACAUAGAAUACUCCAUGUGUUUCCGUAUGAAGGAUGCUAUUAAUUUGCAUUGCUCCAGUUGAAGCAUUAAAUGUCUUGUUUUCUAAGUCAGAUUUUCAGCAUGUUACUCUAUAUGGACUGUGAAAUGUACGAAACACUAAGUAGACAGUUUUAUAGUGUCACACUACACCUUAGUGCAUUUCAUUUAAAAUAUUCCUGCAGAAAUUUGCCUAUUGCUUAGAAGAACAGAGCCACUGGGAGUCAUUCAGAUGUAUUUAUCCUAAGAAUAGGCCAUAACCUCCAGCAGAAGUUCUUUAGGGAAUGUAACUUCUUCAGUAGUCUCACUAGAGACUGGAGUAAAAGAUCAAGCUGUAAAAAAGGGUUAAGUAAGAAGCAUCCACAGUUAAUUUGGAACAGUAUCUGCAGGCAUCUUGUAAAAAAAAAGAUCAUUGUGUUAUGUCUGUAACAUGUUUAAAGAAGGCUGCUGUACAUUUUAUUUCCACACAAUCAUUACUGUAUUAUGGAAAAAAAUGCCCUCGAUGUGAAAUGUAUCUGUUGGAUUUGGGGUUUGCUCUGGUUUGUUGGGUUCACCAGUCAGCACCAGUUUUGUCAGGGCUCUUGUACUCAGGGCUUUUUCUACUUUUUCUAAUUACUCUCAGUAAUUAUUUGGUGUUGCUAAUUCUAUGUGUAAAAAAAUAACACUAAUUUCUACCAAGGACUGUCAUUUCUAGCUCAGCAAUUUUUGGUUAUUAGUCUGUAUGAUUGUCAGUCUUUCUCCUCCUAAGGAGCAGGACUGUGUCAAGUCCCCUUUGUCCUGACAUCAGUUCGUCUUCUGUGCAGCUUAGAGCAAAAAAUAUGCUGUUACAGUCCAUAAAAUUACUGUGAUUACUCAUCAUGUAGCCUCCCUUCAAAUUAUUUCUUUUUUUUUCCUCUACAUGAUGUUUUUCAAAGAGAACUGAAUUUGAAUAUUCUGAAUAAUCUGCACUUGUGCCUUAAUGUAGAUCCCAUUUAAAAAAAAUUUAUUAAAGAAUAUGAAUUUAGCCUUGAAAGGAGAGCAUGAAGAAAUCAAUCCAGCCUGACAUCCUAGAACUCAACUGUAAAUUUUAUAUGCUGCCUCUACUAAUUAUUGGGGCAUAUAUGCUGUUUGUUCCAGUACAAAGUAUGCUGUGAAAGGCCUGAGCUAAUGUCUUUGUAUUUACUUAAAUAAACCAAAUAGUCUCCCAAGUUUGUAACAUGCAGAAAAAAAUGCAAGCAUUAAAACAAUUACACUGA